GUCGGGGCCAAUAAAAAACUUUUAGAGCUUAAAUGUUUGUUUCAGUCAGCGAUUCAUUUGGAUAAAAUGUAUAAUGCGUUAGCAAAAGAAGGUAUUAAUUGGCAUUUUAUUCCCCCCCGAUCGCCUCAUUUUGGUGGGUUAUGGGAGGCUUCUGUAAAAUCUAUAAAAACUCACCCAUUCCGGGUAUUAGGCGAAUCUCAUUUGACAUAUGAGGAAUUAAAUACCAUCUUAAUAAAGAUAGAAGCUGUCUUAAAUUAUCGCCCUCUCACUCUUCUUUCCUCCGAUCCUAUGGACGCGACACCAUUAACACCAGCUCAUUUCCUUAUUGGUGAACCUAUGUGUUCGGUACCUGAACCUGACUUAUCGUCGGUACCUGAUAACCGCUUGAAGGGAUGGCAGCGCGUGACUCGACUUACGCAGUGUCUUUGGAAACGUUGGAGUGACGAAUACUUAUCCCAGCUACAGACAAAAAAAAAAUGGUUGUCAAAAAAAGGUCCAAAUUUAAGCGUUGGUACUUUGGUACUAAUUAAGGAAGACAACAUAACUCCUUUGUCAUGGUCUCUUGGUCGCGUAGUACGUGUGCAGGCUGGAGCUGACGGGGUCGUUCGAAUGGCAACUGUUUUGAGUCGUGGGAAGGCAGUAAAAAGGUCUGUCGGAAAAUUCUCUUCUUCGAGUUCACUCAAUUCAUUCUGCAUAUCUGUCUUUGAAAACCUCGACAACACUAUAAAGAAAUUUUAG